AUGACCAGCAACAACCAGACAGGCCGCUCUGCAAGGCCCGACCCGUUCCUGGACGAGCUCAAUGCCGUGAGCCAGCAUCUUGCAACCCCGGGUUUUCUUCGACGGUUGACUACGUCCCAACUGCCUUCCGCAGCGGUUAGCGAGUCGUCUUCGCUCAGCCCCACCCGAGAAGAAGCACGGUUGCCUCAUCCCCCGUCCAAUCUCAACCUCGCCGUCUCGUUCGAGGAUGAGAUUGAGCACGUGGACUUGAUCGCUCCGUUGAUUCAAGAGCCUUGUGCCGACGGCAGCCCAGGCCACAUUGAUCAGCAAGUCGCCCAUCACCUCGAAACUGCCUUUGUGGCUGCGCGUCGCGCCUAUCAGACCAUGGCGGCUGAGCGUAGCUUUCAGACCUUCUCGCAUGGCCACCAAGACCUCGUGCUUGCCGUCGACUUCAACUACUUUGGUACGCGCAUGGUCACGGCGAGUUCUGACCAUCGCCUCAAGGUCUGGGACAAGAAAGACGAUUCGUGGACCCUGGUUGAGAGCUGGAAGGCUCAUGAUGCCGAGAUAGUUGAUGUCAAGUGGAACGGCCCCUUCAUGGGCGAGGUUGUCGGCAGCAUCGGAGAGGAUGGCCGCUGUAAGCUUUGGCAAGAGGAUGUCACUGAGGUUGCCUUGUCUGGCAAUCGCUUCAAGUUGCUCUACAAUCUGGCUUCGCUGACCAAUGCUCCAUUUAUGUCUUUGGAUUUCAAGAACAUCAUGCAGGAGACAUGGCUUGCGCUCAUCACCCGUGACGGCUACCUCACCGUGUACGAGCCUCAGGAUCAGAGUAAUCUCCACGAGUGGACCAUCUUGGCAGAGCGCUGGGUUUCUGAGAACAACCCUCCUGAGCGCCAAGAAGAGGUGGGCUUCAAGGUUGUUUUCCACAAGGAGAAGCUCCCAUGCUGGACCGCUAUCACUGCAGGCCUCGAUCGCAAGUCACUGUCCCUCGCCGUUGCUGCUAUGAAAGACGUCCUGAUCUUCCGUACUGACAAGGCUAAGCGGUUCUUCCAAGUUGCAAAGCUCACUGGCGCGCGUCAAGUCAUUCGUGAUCUGGCUUGGGCAAACGGUUCCAUGCGCGGUUAUGACAUCUUGGCUACGGCUAGCAAAGAUGGUGCUAUUCGCAUCUACGAGCUCACUACAACUACUGCAGACAAGGCCCACGCGUCUGGAACUUCCUCGUCGGCUGUCGCACCAUCUGUAUCGUCCCGCGCAGGUCUCAAGCAUGGUGCACAGUCUGGCAUAGGAGCUGGGCUGGCUGGUGCUUCCAAGGCGCCGGCCAUGUCUCUCGAGAACGAACAGAACCCGGGUCGCAUCACUCAGGAAGUUGCCUUGAAGGAUGAACUCACUGGACACCAUGGAGCUGUCUGGCGUAUCGCUUUCUCCCAGAUGGGUGAUCUCCUCGUGACUACCGGCGAUGAUGCCAGCAUCCGUACCUGGAAGCAGGCAGCCAACGGUCACUGGAUGGAGUACGCUCAGAUCGAGACUGCCCAGGACAACUAACUGAUCGUGCUAAGCUCAGUCUUCACAAACAUUUCACACACCAAUUCGAUGUUACGAGGCUUGGUUUAGGGCAUUUCAACGGCGUUUACGGUAUUGACGGGUUAGACACAUCGACCGGGUGCAACCCCUACUCCUUAUUGCAGGUUGUGACUCCUCAAAUCACGACACUUGGUAAUGGAGUUUCAGAGAAAUUGCUCCUUCGGAGGGAUACCUGUAUUUUCUUUCUCGAGACUUCAGGGAUUGAGCAUCGAUGGACAGUGCCAUGUGCUAUGCACCACUGCCUAUUUUGCAAGGUUUCCGCUCACAGAGAUGGACCUGCUCCUACGACUAUUGCUGCUUUUUCUUCUUUUCCGGUUUUCCGAAUACCCCACGGCUACGAUGCCAUUCACGGUGGGACCUGCGACUGCUUACGGGAUUUUCUUGUACUUUACAUGGGCAUGAUGAAUUUAACGAUAACUAGACUU